UUCAACUAAUCACUGUGUCCUCUCUGACUGGUUUGGGGAGCAGCUCACACUUUCUGUCACUCUGGACGGCGGCGUUCCUUUUCCAGAGGGACUGAUGUCUUCCUGACACCUGGCAGCUGAGGCCGUCAUGGACUGGAGUGUCGGGACGGUGGAGCUGCUGGGGGUUCUGCUCUCAGCAGUGGGCUGGCUUUGCUCUCUGUGCACAACUAUGAUGCCGUUCUGGCUGACACUCUCCACAGACCUGCUCCCCACUGAGAGUUUGGAGGUGGGACUGUGGAAGACCUGCGCUAUCCAGGACUUGGGCCUGCAGGAAUGUCGACCGUACAACAGCCUGCUGGGUCUGCCGCCAGACAUCAAGCUGGCCCGGAUUCUGAUGUGUGCUGCUCUGGGUUUUGGCCUCAUGGGCUCGGUGCUGGCCGUCCUGGGCCUGAACCUGAUCAACAGCUGCUGUCGCAAGAUGGACGACCGACGCUUCAAGAAGGUCCUGAAGACGGCAGGUGGGACGUUGAGCCUGGCAGCUGGAAUCCUGGUCCUGGUUCCAGUCUCCUACAUAGCUCACCUGACUGUGGUGCGAUUCUUUGACGAGUCGGUGCCGGAUGUGGUUCCUCGCUGGGAGUUCGGCGAUUCUCUGUUCUGCGGCUGGACAGCUGGAGUUCUGCACCUGGUGGCGGGAACGCUGCUGCUGAUUUCUUCUUUGUAUCUGCAGGAGCAGAACUGGAAUCUACCUGUCCACAUCCCACUGGUCCCGGUGUCGCAGAGACAUCGGUCGGUCAGAAUCAGUGCUGAGUACAUCUAGAGCACCAAUCAGGAGAAAGCGUCUGCUUGCACAUUGUUGGAAAUCUGACUUGAUGUGACGAUUUGAAACGUUAUUUGUGGAAAAUCCCCAAGAUUCUUUCCGUGCGUACCAAGAUGUCUGUAGUUUGUUGGAGCCAAAGAAACAAAAAGCUGCUAUUCCCUGUUUCCUCUCGUUUAACAACCUCCAGCAUUCUAUCUCUAUCUGUAGACACGGUUGUCAAUUUAAUCAAGACACAGGGAAGCUUUCAGCUUCAUUUUGAUCUUGGAAAACAUUAGUGACUGCUGAUCAGUGCUGGGAGGUUUGACUGAAAAGAAUAAAUUCAUAAAGGUGAAAAAUCACUGUAUAGAUCAGCAUGGUUAACAGCAGGCAUUACUACUUAGCACCUAUAUAUACAUAUAACCCAUUAUUGUAUGUACAGUGUAAUGUAAUUGUUACACCACCAGAGGGCUAUAAGUCACCAUCAAUAGAGUCCAGUUCCUUCAUAGUUACAUAUAAUCUUACUUACCUUACAGCCUAACUAAUAAUUUUGCUUAUAAUAGGUUUAUUUGUGUUUGUUUAUUUAUAUUCUGUACUGAAGUCAAAGUUAAAUGUUUAACUGUCGCUAGAUUAAAGAUCACAAACCGGCCUGAAAUGUUUCUGGAACUGUUUUCAGUCUCACCUUCAACUUCAAGAGUUCAGGAAAAUUUUAUUUGAACAAAUUUUGUGCUUUUUCAGUCAGACUGUUUCACUCUGAUUCUUUAGAGGUUGUUAUUGCAAUCCCAUUGCCGCAUGUCUCCAAACUGAAAAAUCAUUUUAAAAAAAAACACACACCCAUACUUCACAGGUGAGAGUGUUGCCAGAUGGUUCCACUUUAGUUUCAGGGCUUGUCUCCAAAGCUGAAGAUCUUUGCAAACUGCAAUGUUGCUUUAUCUUUUUCUUUUUUGGAACUUCGCAAAUAAAAGUUUAUUUGAUUUCG